GUCACCGCCUCCGCCCGUUGUUCCGCUCUUUCCGUCCCUCACGUGCGCUCCUCCCUUAAACCUCCCUACCUUCCCCAGGGCCGCUGUGACGGCAUAUACACUCAUCCCUUUUUCCUCUUGCUGCCGCCUGGCUUUCGCUUUUGCGCAACAAACUCGCACGAACACAAUAGCUCGAACUUGUCCAUCGUCCGCCGAUUUUGCAUCUAGAACGCAUUUCGGACGCCCUCCAACGUUUCAGCCACAACACCAACCACCGCAUCGUUUACAGCUCUUGUCGCGAACCACAGUUGCGCGCUCGCGAGUUCUCACAACACAGCCUCGCUCUACUUUAUCACAUUCUCCCCCGCGCACCUUCGCAUCCUUCUUCAAUCAUACACAACAUGUCGUCCAAGUUUGUCGAGCUCCUCGACGACAAUCCUGCGGCCUCCACUGCCCCGCUGUUCGCCUCCGCAUCAGCUUCCGCUAGUAGCGUCACGCUCGAUGAAGUCCUCCGCGAGACCAGAAUGCGCUCGCUAUCGACCAGCAGCGCAAGCAGCAGCAAUACGGACUCCCCCAACAAGUCGCGCACCUCGCUCCACUCCACAUCGCCCAAUGCCUCACCUUCUCUUUCACUGGCCACGCACACACAUCACGGCAACAGCUCGCUGGUCGAACCAGUGAAGAAGCGGCUUCGAGGACUGAGUUUGAGAAAGAAGCAUGCCUGA